ACCAUCUUUAAGAGAUAUGGUGCAGUUAGCACAAGUGAGGUUCAGUUAGUUAACAAUUUAGACAAAUCUGUAAUUAAUUAAAAAGCUGUAGACGUCCAAUGCUCCGGAGUUUGAGUUUAAAACGGCUCUUGCGAGGACUGCCAGAAUUGCUAUCGAGGUGCCAAUUUAUGAGCAGCAGAAGAUAGAAGCUGAUGGCUCAUCCUGGCUUCGUCUUCGUCCAAAGUGCCAUUAAUGUCAGUUAGCUCAUGUAAAUGCGGAUGCCUCACUGAAAGUGACACUAAUAUCAGGUGUCUAAUGUGACUAAAGCGGUCUGUUGUCCCUGGACGCUCCGCAUUAGUUCGUGCAUAUUCGGAGAAACUUCAGUCAUGGAGGAAGUUGACAAGAUCUUGAUUCAUGCCCUUCGACAAGUCGGCACAGAUGUGGGCGAGGACGUGGACAGCAUCAAACAGUUCAGCAGCGAGCUGAUCGUGGAGGCGGUGGUCAGAUGUGUGCGAGUGAUCGAUCCGGGCCUGGGUGGAGCGCUGCCCACCUCGCUGCCUCCCGGCAUGUCGGCCCGCUUCAGAGUGGGCAUGAGCCUGGCACAGGCCUGCCAGGACAUCGGCUAUAAAGGAGAGAUCGGAUACCAGACUUUUCUCUACAGCAACGAGUCGGAGAUCCGCUCCCUGCUCAUGUUCGUGGUGGAGAAGCUGCCCAGAGAGAGCGCCGAGUCCUCCGAUCAGCCGACAGGUAAAUCGGCGGUCCUCCAGAGAGCCAUAGCUGCUGCGAUCAAAGCCCAGCUGGCCGUGUCCUGGGUGCCUCCAAACUGCAGGCUGCCGCUGCACUGCGACACACAGAAUCAAGGAGCAUCGCACAGCUUCUGUGUUCAGCCGCUCAGUUUACCACACUGCACUAAAGACAGGAAGCAUCUCAAAGAGGUGAAGAGCUACCAACGAGACGUCCUCCCCCCAGUCAGCGCUCAGGUUUCCAGCCGCGUCUCCACGGCGGCCUCCCUGCUGGAGCAGCACGCGGCCGAGCUGAGUGCUGCUCAGGAGUGGGACAGCGAGUGGAAGAGUCAGGGGCUUCUGUCUCGCCUCACGCCGCAGGAGUACCGCCUCAGGAAGCUGACGCGUCUGCGUAAACGCAUCGAAGAGCAGCUGCGCUCUGCUGCCCUGCCCCCUCAUGAAAGCUCCUCCGGGGUUCCCCGCUCCACCUCCGACCUGUCAGAGCUCCUGCACGCCUUCAGAGGCUCCGCCCCCUCGGACCACAUCCUCACCAAGGGUUCUCAUUUCACCCACACUCAGAAGUUUACCUUCACGCAGGAAACGGCGGCCGCCCCGAGCUCCGUCCUCCCCGGGCGUCAGUCGGAGGGGGAUGCCCAGGUCGGCCAGCAGGAGGAGCUGGCCUCCCUCCAGCAGCAGUUCCAGCAGCUCUGCAGCGAUGUUGAGCAACUCGCAGCAGACAUGAAGCACAUCAGUGUCACUAACGCACAGGUGCUGGAUGAGCUGAAGCAGAGGGAGCUGGGAAAUGCAGAAAACGAGGAGAAGAUCCUGGUGAAGAAGAAAAGCAUCGAUUUGUUGCCGGAUGCAGACAGCAACACCCUGAAGCUUCAGAGUCUGGUGGAGGCCAGCGCCAAGCGGGUGGUGAAUCUGGCGGCCCAGUGGGAGAAACAUCGGGCUCCGUUGAUCGACGAGCACCGCCGACUUAAAGAAAUCUGCAGCAGCCAAGAUCGGGAGUCUUCCAGAAAGCUGUCUGAGAUCAAGUCUCUUCACGAAAAGAUCCGCGUCUCCACGGAGGAGGCAAAGAAGAAGGAAGAGACGUACAAGCAGCUGGUAACAGAGAUAGAAAGCCUUCCCCAGGACGCGUCUCGGUCGGCGUACACGCAGCGGAUUCUCGAGAUCGUCAGCAACAUCAAGAAGCAGAAGGAGGAGAUCACAAAGAUCUUGUCGGACACGAAGGAGCUCCAGAAGGAGAUCAACAGCCUGACAGGAAAGCUGGACAGAACCUUCGCCGUGACCGAUGAACUGGUCUUUAAGGACGCCAAGAAAGACGAAUCUGUCCGUAAAUCCUACAAGUACCUGGCUGCCUUGCACGAAAACUGUAGUCAGCUGAUCCAGACCAUCGAGGAUACGGGAACGAUCCUGAGAGAGAUCCGAGACCUGGAGGAGCAGAUCGAGACGGAAAACAGUAACAAAAGUGUGGCUAACCUGGAAAGGAUUCUGGAGGACUACAAGGCCAUCCGACACGAGAAUUCUGCACUCGCUGCUAAAGUCAGGGAAGGCUGAAGGAGGUGAAAACCCGGGACCCGUGGGCGGCUCUGGACGGGUCAGAAAGCAGCAUUCCAUGCGUCAACCUCGUGGAGGACGUAUUUCACUAACAAGGAGACCUGCCUUUCUGCAGAGAGACGGUCUGGUUUUUGUACCAUCAAAACUAAUCUAACAUUUUAAUACGCAUCAUGGAAGGAGACGAAUCUGCGGCUGAGCCCUGGCGGUUGGAUUCCUGGACCAGGCAGAGCUCCGGCCAGCAGAGGGCGCUCUCGUGUUCUCAGAAGACAUUUGAAAUUAAAUCUUUGAUUUGAAAUUGUUGAUACAUGAAUUGUUGCUCCAUUGUCACACAUCUUUAGAUCCGUCAUUAUUAUAUUUGAGAAUAAAAUUUUGAGUGAAUGUAAUAUGAAUGUAGUCCAUUGUUGUAUCCAUGGUACCAGCUUGAAUAAAGAUGCCUUACAGACUUGA